AUGCCCGGUCACCUGCGGAGAGGUGAUGUGCGGGCACCCUGUGAACUGUGGAACAGGGACUGUACCACCCGCGGCCACAGAGCCAGCCACCGCUGCCUCCUCUCUCCACUCCUCCCCCUACACCCCGUGAGCUCCCAGAACACGCGGGCCAGGCCUCGACUCCUGAUUGCCUCACCAGAAUCCAACUGCCGGGCGGCCCCGGGGGCCCUGCUCAGCGCCUGUCUGGAGCGCCACGCUCCGCUCGACGCCUCAGAUCUGCCGGGGCCGGGCGGGGCGUUAGCGGGCGGCCCGGGGGGCGGCGGAGUGGUGGUCGGCGUGGCCGAGGUGAGAAGCUGGCGCUGCUGCUGCCUCGGCAGCACCUGUUGGUGCCGGAGCCUGGUGCUGGUCUGCGUGCUGGCCGCCGUGUGCUUCGCUUCCCUGGCCCUGGUCCGCUGCUACCUGCAGCACCUCCUGCUCUGGGCCGAGAGCCUCGACUCGCUGCUGGGGGUCCUGCUCUUCGUCGUGGGCUUCAUCGUGGUCUCGUUCCCCUGCGGCUGGGGCUACAUCGUGCUCAACGUGGCGGCCGGCUACCUGUACGGCUUCGUGCUGGGCAUGGGGCUGAUGGUGGUGGGCGUCCUCAUUGGCACCUUCAUCGCCCACGUGGUCUGCAAAUGGCUGCUCACCGCCUGGGUGGCCGCCAGGAUCCAGAGCAGCGAGAAGCUCAGCGCCGUCAUCCGCGUCGUGGAGGGGGGCAGCGGCCUCAAAGUGGUGGCGCUGGCCAGGCUCACCCCCAUACCUUUCGGGCUGCAGAACGCAGUGUUCUCGAUUACUGAUCUUUCCUUACCCAACUAUCUGGUGGCAUCUUCAGUUGGACUGCUUCCUACCCAGCUCCUGAAUUCUUACCUGGGUACCACCCUGAGGACCAUGGAAGAUGUCAUUGCAGAGCAGAGCAUUAGUGGAUAUUUUGUUUUUUGUUUACAGAUUAUUAUAAGUAUAGGCCUCAUGUUUUACGUAGUUCAUCGAGCCCAAGUGGAAUUGAAUGCCGCUAUCGUAGCUUGCGAAAUGGAACUGAAAAGCUCUCUGGUCAAAGGCAGUCAACCGAAUAUCAGCGGCUCUCCUUUCUACAAGAGGACCCUGACAUUUUCUGGAGAUGGAGUCAAUAUUGUAUGAUUCUAAUGAAAUGUGUGAUUGUCAAGAGCCUGUCCAAGAUCUGGCAGUUAGUUCCCUUACUCGUGGGCAGAGAUGCAAGUUUUAAUUGUAUUAUGGCACACACACACACAAACAGACACGCACACACACAAAUGACUAGUUUUUAAAUUGCACAUUUUUUAAAAACAGGAAUCAUUUUCUGGAUAUGUAAGUGUAAAUGUAGAUGCAAUUUCGGCUGCAGUUCUUUAUCAUUUAUUAUGCCCUUAGUGGCCUAUAAGUCUGCACUUUAGGUUUUGUUUUUUUUUUUUUUUUCUUCGUUAUUUUCUUUAUGAGUACUUAUGAACAGAAAAAUAAUCCAAAUAUUUUUCUGCUUAGUGUCUUUAUUUAUAAAGACUAUGAAUAGCUGUAUGUGUCUUUCCUGCUUAUAAAGAUGAGUAAAAGUAUGCAAUUUUAAUGUAUAUUAUUGGAUGCUCUUUGCUUUUGUAGUGUUCCCAGAAAGGAUAGAUGAUGUCUUGUUUUGUUUUUUUUAAUGUUUUAGUUGGAACCACUUUGCUUUCCUUUUCCUUACUAGUUAGAAAAUAGACAUGAACUUUUGUUUAAAUGUAUUUUUGCAAGGAUCAAAUUGUUACACCUAUACACACAAGUUUAAAUCCUACAUUG